AUGGCCACCGCGACGCUGCCCCUCCGCCUCCUCCCCUCCAAAACGCUGACCCUCACCACUCUCCCCUCCGCGCGCCGCUCCCUCUCCGUCUCCGCCGUGGAGCCUCGGCGCUGGCGCCUCCGAGCCGCCGCCGAGGAGUCGCCUGAGGCCGUGGAGGUUGAGUUCGUGGAGGCUGAGGAGGAACCCGCGGUACCUGAGCCCGUCGAGGCGCAGCUCGCCGCCGCGGGGGCCGGGAAGGACGCCGACAUCUUCGCUGUUGUCAUGGUGGGUUGGCUCCCUCUGAUUGGUUCAAGACAAUACAUUGUGAUGCCGGGCAGGUACAUAUACACACAGAGACUGAAAGGUGCCAAUGUCAAUGAUCAGAUCAUAUUAAACAAGGUGCUACUGGUGUCAACUAGAGAAAAAGCUUACAUUGGCAUGCCAGUGGUGACCAAUGCUGCUGUUCACGCAGUGGUUGAAGAGCAGGGACGGGAUGAUAAAGUUAUAGUCUUCAAGUUCAAGAAGAAGAAGAAGUACCAGAGGAAACUUGGUCACAGACAGCCAAACACAAGGUUAAGAAUCACAGGCAUAAGUGGAUACGAAGAGUACCCUGCUGACCCAAUACUUGACCCUGCUGCAGCUUAA